CACACCCAGAAGGUGAGACGAGAUCUGUUGCUCCUAAAGGUAUGACCGCGGAGAUAACAUUAGGUGUGUCUGGGAUUUAUCUGACGGUGGCGUUUUGACACUUACAUACAGACGAAACCGUUGACUCUUUGACGACGUGCCUCUUUUACUUGGGCAUCCGAUUAAGUUGGAUAUACAACUGGCAGAAGUAACCGAAAACAUGAAACUGGAAGUGUUUUGUGGAAGUCACUUCGACAUGAAAUCUCUGGAACUGUGUAGCGAUGCCGAGGGCAGUGUGCGCUCUCCUCUGUCGGGCGAGGAGGAGCUGGGAUCAGAUGGAGAUUGCGUAGCUCAAAGCCCGACACCUGCCACUCCGUGCGCUGACAGCAAGAGCAAGCCAUAUACACGGAGACCAAAGCCACCAUACUCUUACAUUGCACUAAUUGCCAUGGCUAUACGUGACUCCACUUCUGGACGUCUGACUCUGGCGGAGAUAAAUGACUACCUAAUGAAAAAGUUCCCUUUCUUUAGGGGCACCUACACCGGUUGGAGGAACUCGGUCAGGCACAAUUUAUCACUUAACGACUGUUUUCUGAAAGUGCUCCGGGACCCUUCCAGGCCGUGGGGAAAAGACAAUUAUUGGAUGCUCAAUCCUCACAGCGAGUACACAUUUGCUGAUGGGGUGUUCCGACGCAGACGAAAGCGCAUCAAUAAAAAGACAGGUCUAGAAGACGUCUCUGAACAUCCCGAGGACUCACAAAAUAUCACAGAGUCUCCAUCCGUCUCCAAAACUGCAUCGAGUGUGAAAUUUUCAAGCUCCUUUGCCAUCGAUAGUAUCCUCAGCAAGCCAUUCAAGAGAGUUGCGUGUUUGGAUGAUUCUUCCACCUUCACUGCCUUGAACUGGCCAAGUUUCACAAGUUGGAUGAUGCCGCAUCUGACUCCACCUGUCAGUUUGCCACACUCCCAGCCGGUGUUCCAUGUGGAGUCAUACGCUGCGCAUGUGCAACGGGUGUAUGGUGGUGCUGCAUAUUCUGAGGGGAGACAUCAAGAAAAUGAUUUACAUCAGACAUUUAGGCUACAUCAGACGCAGUUUAUCAGAUGAUUCCUUCCUUAACAUUGUCGGCAACUUUACGGCCUGAUGUGUUCCAUCCAAUGAAAAUUGAUCACUUGUUAUCGUGAUAAACUUAAGGGGUGUGGGCACCAAACAUGCCAACGUAUAUAAACAUUUGCCUUUUCUUGCAAUGCCUUGAUUUAGAAUAACUAGAUUUGUUAUUUAAGACAUAACUCAUACAAUAGGAAUGAUCUUGUCAUGGAACUAACAUCCACUGGGUGUAACGACGAGGAGCUAGCCCUGUUUCAAUGCUUCAAUGUUCAUUGGUCAUUUCCUUUUAAACGAUGACAUGUUGGUUUGUUCUGUAUUUUAAUUUCGACAUCGUUUUCUCUUGUUAUGUUGUUACUGAAUUUUCAACCAACUGACCAUUUAAAUGUGCUGGUUUACAACUUUCCUUUUGGCAUAUCUUUAAGUGUUGAAGUCGGUGUUUGUUUAAAUGUUUUUAUUGUCAAAAACAAAUUUGAUAUUUUGUACUAUAAUAAAGAGAACCAUAUAACGUUGAA